AUAAUAUUAAAACAGGCUAUCUUGUUUUAUAUAACGCUGCUUCUUGUGCCGGCUGGUCUUACGUUCUUGGGUUGGUUUUAUCCGAGUUGGCACAAAAUGGUGGUGAUUUUACAACAGUAUAUGAUCGAGUUGGCUGGAUUUUGAUGAUCGUACAGACUGGAGCUAUCUUAGAGUUAGUUCAUGCCAUAGUUGGUUUUGUGAGGUCACCCAUCCUAACCACAGCUUUUCAAAUUGCAUCUCGUUUAUUUCUGGUUUGGGGCGUAGUUGAUAUUUUUCCAGAGGUUCAAUCUCAUUGGGCAUUCACAACCAUGGCAAUUGCAUGGUCAAUAACUGAAUGUGUAAGAUAUUCAUAUUACGCAUUUAAUCUGGUCGGAGUUCAGCUUUAUAGUCUUUUAUGGUGCAG